CCAUUAUGUUCUGUCUCUGGGUCUAUGGGCUUCUCUUCUUGGUCCUCCCUGAGACUUCUGGUCUCCUAAAACCUCUCUUGAUCUGGGUGGGUGAGGAUGCCCUAGGGUGGAGGGUCCUGGAUCCCUGAAAAGAGGAGGCUGACCUCUCCUUCCUUGCCCGUACCCCAACCCGGAGAUUUCCUCAUCUGUUGAGACACCUUCCGGUGGGUGGAGAUAUGUGUGGACAAAUUGGCACACUGGGGACCAUGGAGGCUGAGGAAAUCUACAUGAACCAGGAGGCCAGGAUGCAGGCAGCAGCCUCCAAAGACAAGCAACGGGGGACCCCAGACAAUAAAAAAGCCCCCACCCCAGAGCUCCAGGCAGAUUUCCAAAUGCUUCCCACUGACUCAUCCACAGAUGUACAUGACCCUGACUAUGAGAAUAUCACCUUGGCCUUCAGAAACCGGGACCAGCCAAAGGGCUGUCAUGCAUCACCCAAGAAUAAGGUCCCAACUCGGUCCAGGCCGUCCUCGGACUCUGCCCAGGUCCCCCAUUGGUUGCACAGAGCCAUCAUGAGCCUGUACAUUCUCCUUGCCCUGUUUUGCAUCAUUCUGUUGGCCUAUGUCCUGGUGAAGAAUUCUGAGAUGUCCCAGGAGCUGCUGGUCUUGAAAAAGGAGCUCUCGAAUGUCUCCAACUCAACACAGGAGUGCCAGGAAGAGCAGAAGCAGGGCUGGAACAAUGUCAAGAAGAGCAUCAGCGAAACCAAAAAGCUCAUUGACACGGUCAACAGCAAUGUCCAGAACUAUCACAAGAAAGUGGGGACGCUGCCAGCAGACAUAGGCCAAAUCAAGACUCAACUAGAUAAAAUCUCUGAGAAGCUGCAGAAUUUACAAACUCAAAAGCCUGCAGCUCCAUAAACAAGAAGACAUAGGAGCCCUGGCUGAAGGGCUUGGUACCUUGACGGGGUGGUACCUUCCAGUGAAGAUGGAACAUGGGGGCCCCAGCCUACUCUCAACCCGUCCAUCAUCCCCACACAUAGAAAAUCAUGCGUCAUGGUGAAUGAGUGUUGUGGAGUUGUGUGUGUGCGCGCGCGUGCGUGUGUGUGUGUCUGUGGGGUAAGCAUUUCAUGGAGGGUGGGUAUUUCAGUGUGUCCCACAGGAAGGUGUAUUGGGUGAAUGUUGAAUGUAGGCGUCACAGAGGGUGUGGUGUGCAUGCCUGUGUCACUGUCUAUGUGACAUGUAUCGUGGCAUGUUGUGUUAUGCAUGUCACAGUGGGUGGCUGUGUCAGCAGGGACCACAAAGGUGUGUCACUGUGAGGGUAGGUGUUACUGACACGUGUUGCCCAUGCAUGUUUCACUAUGAGUAUAAACAAGCAUGAGUAUCCUGCAGUAUGUUGUGUGUAUAAACGUGUCAUAGUGGAAGUGUGUGUGUAGCACACCAGGGGAAUAUAUCACUGUAAUUGUGGUGUGGUGUGUGCCCUGUCACUCUCUGUGCCUGCGUGAACAGGUGUUUGUCAAUGUGAAUGUGCCUAAUUAUGUCAUGGAAGGUGUUCAGAGCAUGUACACACGUGGGUCUGUUUCUGCAUUCAGAUUUUGUGGUUCAUGGAAAUAAAGGCCAAGGGAAAACAAA